CACUGCCUCUCACAAUCUUAGAGUGGAAGAGCUGGAAACUACUACCCACUUCUCAGGGUAGUGGUGAGGAAAUUGUUCCGUAAAUUUGAAAGUGCUAGAAAAACAAAUGAGUUCUUUUUUUUUUUUUAAAGAUUUCACCUAGUUCAACUGCUUCAUGUUAUAGACGUCCAAAGAGGGGAAAUGACUUACUUAAUGACACAAACAUAACAAUUAAAAUCCCGAGCCAGGAUUUGAAUCCACAUGCCAAGGCUCUAAGUCCUGCAUCCUUUUUCCUACAUCAUGUGACCUCCAGUGGCCUGGGACCAUGGUCUUUUCCUUUUGAUUUCUAGCCUCUACCCAACAGAAGGGUGAAUCAGGCUACAACUCAUUCCAUGGGCAUGAACCUGCAGAAAGGUUUGUGAAAGUGGGAAGUUGAUGGAAGGCUAGAGAUCCUCUAGAAUGCCCCUCCAGAACCAGUCAACUGAGGACUCUCCAUGGACCCCUCCAAGCAAACCCCUGAACUCAACUGAAAUAUCAGGGGCAUGGGAUGCAUGGACGCUCCAGGCGCUCAAGAUCUCUCUGGCUGUGAUUUUAGCUAUCAUAACUCUAGCCACCAUUCUCUCCAACACUUUUGUGAUCAUCACAAUAUUUCUUACUAAGAAGCUCCACACACCAGCCAAUUAUCUCAUCGGCUCCUUGGCGGUGACAGACCUCUUGGUCUCCAUUUUGGUGAUGCCCAUCAGUAUUGCGUACACCGUCACCCAAACCUGGACCUUUGGGCAGAUCAUGUGUGACAUCUGGCUGUCCUCAGACAUCACAUGCUGCACCGCCUCCAUCCUCCACCUCUGUGUUAUUGCAUUGGACCGAUACUGGGCCAUCACCGAUGCCCUGGAAUAUAGUAAGCGUCGAACCUUUGGCCGGGCAGCGGCCAUGAUUGCCAUGGUCUGGGUCAUCUCUGUGUGUAUCUCCAUCCCCCCACUUUUCUGGAGGCAGGCCAAAGCUCAUGAAGAGCUGGCUGACUGCCUCGUGAACACAUCCCAGAUCUCCUACACCAUCUACUCCACUUGUGGUGCCUUUUACAUCCCUUCUGUGCUGCUCAUCAUUCUCUAUGGCCGGAUCUAUGCUGCUGCUCGAACUCGGAUCCUGAAGCCACCUUCCCUGUAUGGCAAGCGCUUCACCACUGCUCAUCUCAUCACUGGUUCUACUGGCACCUCCUUGUGUUCCAUCAACUCUAGCCUCCAGGAAGGGCAGCCCCACACAGGGGAAUCACCGCUUUUUAUCGGCCCUGUGAAAAUCAAGCUAGCUAGCAGCCUCUUGGAAAAGAAGAGGAUCUCAGCAGCCAGGGAGAGGAAGGCUACUAAGACAUUGGGGAUUAUCCUGGGGGCCUUCAUCAUCUGCUGGCUGCCCUUCUUUGUUGUAUCGCUAGUCCUACCCAUCUGCCGAGACUCCUGCUGGUUCCACCCAGCCCUCUUUGACUUUUUCACAUGGUUAGGCUAUUUAAAUUCCCUCAUUAACCCAAUAAUUUACACUUGGUUUAAUGAAGAAUUCAAACAAGCAUUCCAAAAACUAAUAAGGUUCAAAAGAAAGCCCUCAUUUUAAUCUUUUCCUGCUUGCUGAUGAAUCCCUCUACCAUUUGUCUGUUAAAAUCUAGAGGACAUAUAUUUCAUACAGUUCAUAAAUUAAGCCAUUCACCCAAUAACUCAAAUGCCAAAUGUUUUCCCUUUUACUCCCCCCCCCCAAAGGUCACCAGUUACUUCCUCACCCCUUAGGCCUGUACUAUAUUUUGUCCCUCUCUAAUGCACUUAUCAUGGUGUAUUUAGUUUUUAUAUUUUUAUAUUUUUAUUUUUUAGGCA